AUGAAUCUUCCUGGAAAUUCUGGGGAGUCGUCAAGUAAACGACAAGAAAAUGGCGACGCUACAACAGAGCCUGAACGCCCACUUAAGAAAGCACGCUUUGCUUGGGAAGUUAAAGGCAAAUAUCAUUUAAAAAAUGAAAUUGCUGAGGUGAAAUCUAACACAAUAAACGAAACUAAUAGAGCCGGCUCCUCAACUGAACACAAAUGUGGGGCUAAAUUAGUGGGAAAUACUGAGCAAAACCUUGAAAUAUUAGGUGACUAUCUAUUUAAACAAGAUUUCAAUUCAUUGGAUUCUAUCACUGAUACCAAUACGCCAAUAUUACCUAGUUCAAGCAUUUCAACAGACAAACUUUCAUAUCCGAGAUAUAUUAGUUCUUUUGAAAAUAAUAGCCGAGAUGUUAGUGAAAGUGGCAGCAGUACUGGUGACCGGACUCCAAUACCUAAAUCCAUGGUUUAUUCAAAUAAAGACAUUGAAGAUCAGUGUAUUGCACGGUGGCAAGCAAGACAGAUGGCAAAAUGUUUUGUUGACAAUACAAUAAACCGUGUCUUAGACAACUGGAUGAUAGCGCCCUUGCCUGCUGAUAUGGACAAUAACAGAGUUCUUGCUCUUGAUGCUGCUGAGUUUAUUAACAACUUGCCAGGAGAUAAUAGCAUAGAAAAUGAGGCCAUUCUUAUGGCAAUAUCAGCGCAUGGCUUACAAAACAACUCAAGCGCAAGUAGUAGCAAUACAAAUGAACUAUCACAAAAUUCAAGUAAAGAUUUAUUUAUGUCACCUCCUGGAAGUCCACUUUUGUCAGAUGAUGAGAGCAGCACACAACCUAAAACGGUAGAUAAACAAAUAAAUAAUGAUGAAACUUCUACUUCGUGGAAUUUCAACAAUAAUAAACAAAAUGUCAACAGUAGUUUACCUUUGUCUUUUUAUCCUGAAACAUCAAGCUCUUCGUACCCAUAUUUUAAUGAAACUGAUAAUGUAAAUAGUAAUAAUAAUGAAUAUGAUGGAGAGGAAAAUGUGAGCGCGAAUGACAGUGAAUUAAUGAACAAUCAUUAUGAUUUCCUUGAUGCCGCUGUUUCUUUCGCUAUUCAAUAUAAAGGUCUAACUUCUUAUGGCACAGAUUACGGAUAA